AUGCUAAGAUUCCGCGAGCAUAGUGGAUCUUCCUGCUCUGCCCUGUCUACAGCCGCACCUCUGGGUGAGGAAAUGCCUUUAGUUGAAACUGUCCUUAACGAUUCGGCCAACUUGCCUAGUCCUGCUGUAGCCAACAUGUUCGGACCAGCAGCUGUAUUCUCCGGCUUUCCCACCUCCGACUCUUCUCGGAACACAAAUUCUCUGAUGGCGCUUACUUCGUCACCGACAAUAGCCUCUCCUUCAGUCAGCAUACGUUAA